AUGAGGAGGGUUAGAGUUAUGUUGCUAUUGCCUUUGUGGUGCUAUGAGGACUCCUGGCUCAGGAGCUUUGCUCAAUCACUGCUGAGGUUCCUAGGCUUCAUCUUUUGGGGCAUUGCUGUUGCUUUGACCUUUGGUGGAGUUUUUGUGAUCCUGAUGGACAAGAGCUUCAGAUACUUAUUUCGGGAGUCUUUCUUGUCUCUCACUGGCUGGCUGGCUGUUGUGGCUGCGCUUGUCUUGCUACCUGUUGGAGUUUUGGCAAUCUCUAUUUCUGCUAAGAUCUCCCGGUAUCAGCAAGGGACUUUCAUGUACUUACUGCUGGUCCUUCUUUGCCUAGAAAUGUCUUUGGCAGUUCUGGUACAGUUCAACUCUCCUCAGAUGGCUUCUGAGCUGCAAAGCACUAUGGAUUCCAUUGUCUAUCAUUACAAUGGGACACACUCUCAGGGUCCUGGCAGCAUGGCUUUGGAUGAGGUACAGAGAAAGCUGCAGUGUUGUGGGAUCAAAAACUACACAGACUGGCUGAUGGUAACAGCUGAUUCUUGGCAUCUUCCACCUGAAAAACGUCGUGUCCCUGAAAGCUGCUGCAAGGAGGAGUAUUCUCACUGCAGGGGUGACUUAGGCCAUCUGGAGCAGCUUUUUCAGGAAGGCUGUCUAAAGAAGCUGGAAGACCGGUUGCAUUUUGCCAUGCUUUACAUGCUUUGGUGCUGUACUGGGCUAAGUAUCUUAGAGCUGUUGGCUGGUGUCAGCAAUUGCAUCCUCAUGAAGUAUCAGCCUCUCUAUGACCUCCGAUUUCUGGACUCAUCUACUUUCUCAUAG